CGGACGGAGCGGAGGUGUUGCUGCCGCUGCUGUUGCCACCGGCGUGUGUGUGAGAGAGAGUGUGUGUGAGAGAGAGAGUGUGUGUGAGUGGCCCCGUCCGAGGUUCCUGCCGCUGCACCUCUUCACUUCAGCCGGAGUGACGGGAGAGAAGAGCAUGGCUCCUCUGCAACAAAGGGAAACUCACAGGCGGAAAGUUUGAAGUGAGCAGGAGCUGAAGAGGAACACACCCCGAGGAGCGAUGCACUUCAUCAAGUGGGAUCUGUGGUUCAUUUUGUGGUGCUGCGAACGGGUCUGGCUGGCGCGUUGCUUCGUCGUGCACCUCAGCGAGGACGCGGCGCCGGGGACGCGUGUGGCCGGAGCGCAGCGCGGCGCGCAGCGCGGCGCACGGUGCACUCUGGAUCAGGUUCUCGCUCCCAAAUUCUCCGAGCGGUUCCUGGAGACCGACCCCGCGGGCGGCGCGCUGCUCGUCUCGGACUCGAUACGGUGCUCGUCGCUGCGCUCCAACCCCUUCACCGUGUUCACCGUGGCGGACUGCGCGGAGUCCGGCUCCCGGCACCUCCUCACCAGCCAGUACGAGGUGCAUGUGCACGGUAGGAACUGUUUGAACAAGCGUCGGAGGAAACCUCGGUGGGACAUGGAGGUGCUCAGUUUGUUAGGCGCCCUCGGCCAGCGGCGCGCAGGGUGCCACCAGGCCGGCUCUGCUCUGCUGCCGGUGGGGGGGCUGCUCCCUGGCUCCCUGGUCGGCUGCAGAGUCACUCACGGCCGGGACUUCUACUUCUCAAAGGGGGAUUUGUUUUUGUCUGAGACUCUGUGCUGGAGGCAGGACACCCUCCUGGAGCUAGACCUGGUCUGUGAUACAGCCAAUGGACUGAAUGCUAAAGUCGACCCCAUCACCGUCCACUGGCGUGUGGGACAGGGCCCCUUCAGGCAGGCCCACCUAGGGAAGCUCUUAGAGAAGGCGGCUCAGUCUGAUUCAGGGAUUCUGAGCAGGAGGAGGAGAAGCAUCAACAGCAGCCCCCAGUUUCAGCCCCCAAUGUACCAAGUGUCUGUGGCAGAGAAUAAGCCGGCUGGGACUCCCGUCGUUGUUUUGAAAGCAGUGGAUGUGGAUGAGGGGGAGGCAGGCAGGCUGGAGUAUUUCAUAGAGGCUCUCUUUGAUAGCCGUUCCAACAACCUCUUUGCCGUGGACCCGGCCAGCGGUGCUGUGUCCACAGUGGAGGUGCUGGACAGGGAGACAAAAGACACCCAUGUGUUUCGUGUGACCGCAGUCGACCACGGGACCCCCCGGCGCACAGCCAUGGCCACCCUCACUGUCACAGUCGGUGACACAAAUGACCAUGACCCUGUGUUUGAGCAGCAGGACUAUAAGGAAAGCAUCAGAGAGAAUUUAGAAAUAGGCUAUGAAGUGUUAACUGUGAGGGCCACUGAUGGGGAUGCCCCUGUUAACGGUAACAUCCUUUACCACAUCCUCAACAGCAACGGGUCCAAUGAUGUGUUCGAGAUCGAUUCGAGGUCUGGUGUAAUCCGCACCAAGGGCCCGGUAGACAGAGAGGAGGUAGAAGCGUACAUGCUGUUAGUUGAAGCAAACGACCAAGGUCGCGACCCCGGGCCCCGCAGUGCUACAGCUACAGUUCACAUAGUGGUAGAGGAUGAUAAUGAUAAUGCUCCACAGUUCAGUGAGAAGCGUUACGUGGUCCAGGUGCCAGAGGACAUGACCCCUAACACCGAGAUCCUGCAGGUCACCGCCACAGAUCAGGACAGAGGGAGCAACGCCGUCGUUCACUUCAGCAUCAUGAGCGGAAACACCAGGGGGCAGUUUUAUAUCGACGCCCAGACAGGUCAGAUGGACCUGGUGAGUCACCUGGAUUAUGAGGCAAACAAAGAAUACACUCUGAGAAUUAGAGCUCAGGAUGGCGGUCGCCCUCCUCUAUCCAACAUCAGUGGCCUGGUGACGGUGCAGGUGCUGGACGUUAAUGACAACGCCCCCAUUUUUGUCAGCACCCCAUUCCAGGCCACCGUGCUGGAGAAUGUGCCGCUGGGCUACUCCAUCAUCCACAUCCAAGCGGUGGAUGCAGACUCCGGAGAGAACUCCAGGCUGGAAUAUCGCCUCACCGAAACCACGCCAAACUUCCCCUUCACUAUCAACAACAGCACGGGGUGGAUUGUCGUGGCAGCCGAGCUGGACAGGGAGAGUGUUGAUUUUUACAACUUUGGAGUGGAGGCUCGCGAUCAGGGCUACCCCAUCAUGUCCUCCUCAGCCGGCAUCAGCAUGACUAUUCUGGACGUCAACGACAACAACCCGGAGUUCACUCAGAAGGCGUAUUACAUGCGACUGAAUGAGGAUGCAGCCGUGGGGACCAGCGUGGUGACAGUGUCAGCUGUGGAUCAGGACAUCAACAGUGUGGUGACCUAUCAGAUAUCCAGCGGUAACACCCGCAACAGAUUCUCCAUCACGAGUCAGAGUGGAGGGGGGCUGAUCACGCUGGCGCUGCCUCUAGACUACAAACUGGAACGCCAAUACGUCCUCACUGUCACCGCAAGUGAUGGCACUCUCUUUGACACUGCCAAAGUGUUUGUUAACGUCACCGAUGCCAACACACACAGGCCUGUGUUCCAGAGCUCACAUUACACCGUCAACAUUAAUGAGGACAGGCCUGUGGGAACCACGGUGGUCGUAAUAAGUGCCACGGACGAAGAUACAGGUGAGAACGCACGCAUCACCUACUUCAUGGACGACAGCAUCCCUCAGUUUGACAUCGACCCCGACACAGGAGCUGUCACCACACAGAUGGAGCUGGACUACGAGGACCAGGUUUCCUACACUCUCGCCAUCACCGCGCGGGACAAUGGCAUCCCACAGAAGUCCGACACCACCUACCUGGAGAUACUGGUGAAUGAUGUCAACGACAACUCCCCCCGCUUCCUCAGAGACCACUAUGUGGGUUCUGUGAUGGAGGACGUGUCGGUGUUCACCAGCGUAGUCCAGGUUUCUGCCACCGAUAGAGACUCCGGGCUCAACGGCCGCGUCUUCUACACCUUCCAGGGCGGGGAGGAUGGCGAUGGAGACUUCAUAAUUGAAUCCACCUCUGGCAUUGUUCGCACGCUGCGCAGAUUAGACAGAGAGAAUGUGCCUGUGUACAGCCUGCAGGCGUUUGCUGUGGAUAAAGGUGUUCCUGCUCUGAAGACACCAGUAAACAUUCAAGUAACAAUCCUUGAUGUGAAUGACAACCCCCCGGUGUUUGAGAAAGACGAGUUUGAUAUUAUGGUGGAAGAAAACAGCCCUAUAGGCCUUGUGGUUGCGCACAUAUCAGCCACAGAUCCAGACGAAGGCAGCAAUGCACAGAUUAUGUACCAGAUAGUGGAGGGAAACAUCCCAGAGGUUUUCCAGCUGGACAUCUUCUCUGGAGAGCUGACUGCAUUAAUAGACCUGGACUAUGAGACAAGAUCUGAGUAUGUCAUUGUGGUCCAGGCCACCUCCGCCCCGCUGGUGAGCCGCGCCACGGUCCACAUCAAACUUGUGGACAAGAACGACAACAUGCCCAUGCUCAAAAACUUCCAGAUCAUCUUCAACAACUAUGUGACGGACAAAUCGAGCAGCUUCCCCACCGGAGUGAUCGGCCGCAUCCCUGCCCAUGACCCCGACGUCUCGGAUCGGCUCCACUACCGCUUCGAGGUUGGGAACGAGCUGAACCUAGUUCUGCUGAACCAAAGCACUGGGGAGAUCCAGCUGAGCCGGGCCCUGGAUAACAACCGGCCCCUGGAGGCCUCCAUGAGGAUCUCAGUGUCAGAUGGUGUCCACUCAGUGUCGGCCCAGUGUCUUCUCCAAGUCACCAUCAUCACCGAUGAAAUGCUGUCCAACAGUAUCACGCUCCGGCUGGCCAACACCUCCCAGGAGCAUUUCCUCUCCCUGCUGCUCGCACAGUUCCUCGACGGCGUGGCGCGCGUCCUGUCCGCUGCCCCCGAGGAUGUGGUCAUCUUCAACAUCCAAGACGACACGGACGUCAGCGCUCGCAUCCUCAACGUCAGCCUGUCUGUGGCCGUGCCCGUGUUCGGGGAGGGACACCAGCGGCCUGCAGGCCCUGGCCACGGCGGCGACAGGCCUGGGAGAGGAGUUGAAAGCGGUGGCGGCGAGUUUUUCGGCUCCGAGGAGCUCCAGGAGAGGUUGUAUCUGAACCGCAGCCUUCUCGCCCAGAUCUCCUCCCAGGAAGUUCUUCCCUUUGACGACAACAUCUGCCUGCGUGAGCCGUGUGAGAACUACAUGAAGUGUGUGUCUGUGCUGAAGUUUGACAGCCUGGCGCCGUUUGUUGCGUCCGACACCAUCCUGUUCAGACCCAUUCACCCCAUCGCCGGGCUCCGCUGCCGCUGUCCCACCGGCUUCACGGGAGACUACUGCGAGACGGAGAUUGACCUCUGCUACUCGAAGCCCUGCGGCGCUCACGGAGUGUGUCGCAGCAGAGAGGGAGGCUACACCUGCGAGUGCUUUGCAGACUACACAGGAGAGCACUGCGAGCUGUCGUCCCGCUCGGGCCGCUGUGCAGUGGGAGUCUGCAAGAACGGGGGUUCCUGUGUCAACCUGCUAAUUGGCGGGUUUAAGUGCGAGUGUCCACCCGGCAGCUACGAGAAGCCUUACUGUGAGAUGACCACGCGCAACUUCCCCCCGCACUCCUUCCUGACCUUCAAGGGCCUCCGCCAGCGCUUUCACUUCACCUUAUCUCUCACGUUUGCCACCAAAGAGCCCAACGGUUUGUUGAUCUACAACGGCCGCUUCAACGAGAAACACGACUUCAUCGCCAUGGAGAUCAUCAACGAGCAGAUACAGCUCACCUUCUCUGCAGGUGAAACCAAGACUACAGUCUCCCCGUACAUCCUCGGAGGCGUCAGCGACGGCCUGUGGCACGUGGUGGAGGUUCACUACUACAACAAGCCGAUCUUGAACCAGGCGGGCCUGCCGCAGGGCCCCUCGGACCAGAAGGUCGUCAUAGUGACGGUGGACAACUGUGAUACCUCUGUGGCCUUGAGGUUCGGUCACAUGAUCGGAAACUACACCUGCUCUGCCCAAGGCAGCCAAUCGGGAUCGAAAAAAUCUUUGGACCUGACCGGCCCCCUGCUCCUCGGAGGGGUCCCUAAACUUCCGGAAGAUUUUCCUGUUCGCAAUCGGCAGUUUGUCGGCUGCAUGAGGAACCUGCGAAUUGACAACCAGCACAUAGACAUGGCCAGCUUCAUCGCUAACAACGGCACUCUGCCAGGAUGCUCUGCCAAAAGACAUUUCUGCAACAACAACCCGUGUCUGAAUGGAGGAACCUGUGUGAACCUGUGGGGCUCCUUCAGCUGUGACUGCCCACUUGGAUUUGGAGGACGAAACUGCGAAAGAGUAAUGGCCAGCCCGCAGCGUUUCCUGGGUGACAGCCUGCUGCAGUGGAACAACCUGGCGGCGGUGGCGGCCUCCGUCCCCUGGCAUGUGGAGCUCAUGUUCCGCACACGUCAGGCCAGCGCCACACUGCUGCACAUCUCGUCUGGCCUGCAGCACAACCUCACGCUACAGCUGCGCGGCGGGAGCGUGCUGAUGGGGCUGCACAGAGGCGAAGACUCGACGCUCUCCCGCAUGGAGGAGGUGCUGGUGAACGACGGAGACUGGCAUCAACUGCAGCUGGAUAUCAGCAGUUUGGGAGGAGAAGCGGGCCGCCACAAAGCCGUGUUGUCUUUAGACCAUGGGCUCUACCUGGCUAGUAUGGAGGUGGACGGGAAGCUGCAGGACUCCAAGCUGAAGGCCGUGAGCAUCGGUGGGGUGGCAAGGCAUGAUGGGAAAAUUCAGCAUGGCUUCCGGGGCUGUAUACAGGGUCUGCGCGUCGGUGGCGCUCUGAGUCUGUCUCAGGCCAGGAAGGUGAACGUGGAGCCGGGCUGCAGCGUUCCCGACCCCUGCAGCUCCGGCCCGUGUCCCGUCAACAGCUACUGCAGCGACGACUGGGACAGCUACUCCUGCACCUGCCUCAACGGCUACUAUGGCACCAACUGCACUGACGUAUGCUCAUUAAACCCGUGUGAACACGAGUCCUCCUGCACCAGGAAGCUGAGCUCCUCCCGUGGUUACACCUGUGACUGCCCCAGCCACUACUUUGGCCAUUACUGCGAGAAGAAGACUGACCUACCAUGUCCGAGAGGUUGGUGGGGUCACAAGACGUGUGGUCCCUGUAACUGUCAGACGGACAAGGGCUUUGACUCCGAUUGUAACAAGACCAGCGGAGAGUGUCGCUGUAAGGACAACCACUACCGUCCCGACGGCAGCGACACCUGCCUGCUGUGCGACUGCUACCCGGUGGGCUCUUUCUCUAGGGCGUGCGACCGCGAGAGCGGCCAGUGUCAGUGUAAACCCGGCGUGAUCGGACGCCAGUGUGACCGCUGUGACAACCCCUUCGCUGAGGUGUCUCCUAAUGGCUGUGAAGUAAUCUAUGACAGCUGCCCUCAGGCCAUCGAGGCCGGGAUCUGGUGGCCCAGGACUAAGUUCGGUCUCCCUGCAGCAGUUCCCUGUCCCAAAGGAACGAUCGGCACAGCGGUCCGACACUGUGACGAGCACAAGGGCUGGCUGCCUCCCAAUCUCUUCAACUGCACCUCCGUUACCUUCAGCAAGCUGAAAGCCCUGUCUGAGAAGUUUUCCCGUAAUGCCUCGCUCCUGGACUCCGGACAUGUUCAGCAGACGGCAGCCAUGUUGGCCAACGCCACCGUGCACACAGAGAAAUACUACGGCAGCGACGUGAAAGUGGCAUAUCGGCUCACACAGAGUCUGCUGCAGCACGAGAGCAGCCAGCAGGGCUUCAACCUCACAGCUACACAGGACGUCCACUUCACCGAGAAUCUGGUCCGUGUGGGCAGCGCCAUCCUGUCUCCAGACACUCGGCCGCACUGGGACCUGAUCCAGCACUCGGAGGGCGGCACGGCGGCGCUGCUGCGCCACUACGAGGAAUACGCAAACACGCUGGCACAGAACAUGAGGAAGACCUACCUCAGCCCCUUCACCAUCGUCACGCCACACAUAGUCAUCUCCGUGGACCGCCUGAAAAAGAUGAAUUUUGCUGGGGCCAAACUCCCGCGGUACCAGUCGCUGAGGGGCCCUCGUCCUGCGGACCAGGAGACGGCCGUCACGCUGCCCGACUCUGUCUUCCAACCACCUGUGGACACCAAGGGCCACAGACACCUGGACGUGUUUCCAGAGUCCUCGCUGAGGAACCGCUCCGCUAACAGGAAGAGACGCCACCCCGAUGACAGCCAGCAGGACGCCAUCGCCAGUGUGAUCAUCUUCCACAGCUUGGCCUCGCUGUUACCAGAGAGCUACGACCCUGACAAGAGAAGUCUUCGUGUUCCAAAGCGUCCGGUCAUCAACACACCGGUGGUGAGUAUCACGGUGCACGACAAUGACGAGCUGCUGCAGCACGCGCUGGACAAACCCAUCACCGUGCAGUUCCGCCUGGUGGCCACCGAGGAGCGCUCCAAGCCCAUCUGUGUCUUCUGGAACCACACCAUACUCGCCGGUAACGGCGGCUGGUCGGCGAAGGGCUGCGAGGUGGUUUUCAGAAACAGCACCCACAUCAGCUGUCAGUGUUAUCACAUGACCAGCUUCGCUGUGCUCAUGGACGUCUCCAGGAGGGAAAACGGAGAGAUCCUCCCGAUCAAAAUCCUCACGUGGGCCACGGUGGGCGUGACGCUGGGAUUCCUCCUCCUCACCACCGUCUUCCUCCUCUCUCUGAGAGCCAUGCAGUGCAACAAGACGAGCAUAAUCAACAAUGGAACCACUGCGCUCUUCUUCUCCGAGCUCAUCUUCAUCCUGGGCAUCAACCAGGCCGACAACCUGUUUUUGUGCACAGUCAUCGCCAUCCUGCUCCACUUCUUCUACCUGUGCACCUUCUCCUGGCUCUUCCUGGAGGGGCUGCACGUCUACCGCAUGAUCAGCGAAGUGCGAGACAUCAACUAUGGGCCCAUGAGAUUUUACUACCUAAUUGGCUGGGGAGUGCCUGCCUUCAUCACAGGUCUGGCGGUGGGACUGGACCCUGAAGGCUACGGGAACCCAGACUUCUGUUGGUUGUCUAUGUACGACACCCUCAUCUGGAGCUUUGCUGGGCCCAUCGCCAUGGUGGUGUCGAUGAACAUCUUCCUGUACAUCCUGUCGUCCAGAGCCUCCUGCUCUCGUGGACACCACAGCAUCGAAAAGAAAGAGCCUCGCGUCUCGGGCCUGAAGACCGCAGGUGGCGUCCUCCUCCUGGUUUCUGUCACGUGUUUCCUGGCGCUCCUGUCCGUCAACAGCGACAUCAUCAUCUUCCACUACCUGUUCGCUGGGUUCAACUGUGUGCAGGGUCCCUUUGUUUUCUUCUUCCGCAUCGUCUUCAAUAAGGAAGCGAGGAAUGCAAUGAAAUACUGCUGCAGCCGCAAGCGGCCGGAUCAUAUGAUCAAAUCUAAGUCCUCUGGCUACAAAUGCAACACCAACUACAUGGACGGGCGGUUGUACCACCUUCCCUUCGGAGACUCCAGCGUGUCUCUGAACGGCACCAUGCAGAGCGGCAAGAGUCAGCAGAGCUACGUCCCGUUUGUGCUCCGGGACGAUGGGUUGAAUAACAGUCAGGCGCACAUCCCCCUGAACGACCACGGGUCACUCUUCCACGAAACUAAAGAGCACUUGGAUGAUCGCGACAGCGACUCGGACAGCGACCUGUCUCUAGAGGAUGAUCAGAGUGGUUCCUAUGCCUCAACUCACUCCUCUGACAGCGAGGACGAGGAGGGUCCCCUCCCCCCCGAUGAGUGCUGGGAAAACCUGGCGUCCAACGUGGCCAAGAGGCCUCAGCAACACGACAACGGUUUGAGUAAGAUGUACUGGCCUGGAGUAAAUGGCGGCGAGCUCACAAGUGCAGACAGACUGAAGACAGAAACUCCGGCCAAUCCUGAGCCGAGCUUCGGCGGCGAAACCCGGGCUUUAUCGGACGACCGGACACAGGAGGCCAUGACGCAGCUUCUCCCCAGUCUGCCCAACCACAUCACCCACCCUCACAAAGGGAUCCUAAAGAAGAAGCAGCUUUCUCCGAUCAUAGAGAGGAACAGUGUCCAUCGCGUCCACAAUGAACUGUGUGGAAAGGCCCCGGGCACUGCGUCCCCACAGGGGUCCGCCUCCAGUGACAGUCGAGCCAGCCUGUCUAAACCCAGCAUACCUGAUCAGCUGAACGGCGUGGCCAUGUGCAUCAAGGCGGGGACGGUGGACGGAGACUCAUCAGGAUCAGACAGCCACUGCAACACCUCCAUGUGACCACGUUGACGGAGGGGUGUGUCUUUGCAGGUCAUAGAGCCUCCUUCCUCAACUCUGACUGCAAACAGGGAGCACCAGACUCCGUAUGUGGAAGAUGUGAAGUUCCCCCUCGUCAUCAUGAUCCGCUGAAAGAGUGUGUGUGUGUGUGUGUGUGGGUCGUGUACUGUGUGUGUGUGUGUGUGUGUGUGUGUGUGUGUGUGUGUGUGUGUGUGUGUGUGUGUGUGUGUGUGUGUGUGUGUGUGUGUGUGUGUGUGUGUGUGUGUGUGUGUGUGUGUGUUCAGACGUGUGCCAAACCUCAGUAGUCACUGCACUGGCCGGGGCUCACGCACACUGACACGAGUCUCACUCUCCCUUUAAAGAAAUCAUUUUGUUUACAUACUUGAAGCAAUGCACUUUUUUUAUUUACUGCCCAGAUUUGUUGGCAGUUUACUUUUUUCUUUCUUUUUUUUGUAGUGUUCUUUUGUUCCAGGAUAUAUAUUUUGUUUUGACGACUGUGGAACAAUAAAGAAGUCAUGUUUUUUUGGGGUGGGUCAUUUAGUUGUAGACUUGAAAACAUUCAGGGACAUUCCUUUUUUUUUUUCAUGCAUAGCUACUUUGCCUUUCUGGUUUGCCUGUUUGCGUUACUAUUGGAGCUGUUGGUGUUUGUGCCAGUCUGAGGUUUGAGACGUUCAGACUCAGGUUGUUGAGUUAUUUCACAUGCCUGGAGUGUCUAAGAGGCUCCGGACAGUCGCGUGCAGGCCGUUCACAGACUCUACCAAUCGCUGCACCUGCCUGUUCAAGGAUGCGCCGUAUAAGCUACUUCUCAUUAACGGAUGACGUUUCGAGAGGCACCAGCUGAAGAGACUGCUCAGCCCUCGAGGAGACAGACCUGCAUGUGUACAAUUGAAAAGGACUUAUGAAGCAUCUUUUUUUUUUUUUGUAAAUCACAGAGAGCAAAUUUUUUUAUUGACAUCAAAGGCUCUCGCAUUUUUCAUCUUUUUGUCUGAGGGAUGAACGCAUUCAUGCUAGUUCACUGACUAAACAGCUGUAUUUUAUAGAUUAGCUACAGAGCUUUGUCUUUUGUAAAAUAAUGAACGUUCAAAAUUGUGCUGUAAUACUAUUUGAGAUGUAAUCAAUUUUUACUGUACAGAGUGGCCUGUAAAUAUGGAGGAACAUAAAUGUCACAGAAAUAGUAAUAAAGCAUUUCAUUAAUUAAUUUAAUUUUACAAUAAAAGGGCAUUAAUCAUUUAUUAAUCUAUAAGUAAGUAGACUAAAUUAUGAAGUAGUUCAUUAUUUAUGUUUUAAUGGGCAAUUAAAAGAGGAAUUAAAAAAAGAAUUUACAAAUGAAUUAUUAUUUUAUCUAAUCUAAUAAACAGUUCAGAUUACAAAGAGAUUUAAAAAACAAUGUAACAAUCAAGAAGAACAUCAUUUUAAAUAUAUUGAGUAUUUCAUGCAUAAAUAAUACAACUUGAAAAUGUAUUUACGGGCCGGUUUAAAAAGAGAAAUACACAACACAUUGAAUUAAGAAGACAGAUUCUUAACUUGUUUCCGUGUUUUAAACAACAAUUUAUUUACAAAUUAUUUAAUGUAGUUUUAAAUGAUGUACUCAUUGACUGUUUUUAUGUUAUUUUUUAAAGAUGUAGUUAAUUUAAAAUAUUUUGAUGGAUUCAUAUUUGAUUUCUAAUAUUUUGUUAUUUAAUCUUUAAUACCCAUUAAAAAACUAUGAAUUACUCGAUUUAGUCUAUUUAUUCAUAUAUGAAUGAAUUUAUUUGUACACUAUUUAUUAAUUAAUAUUUUUAAUGUAUGAUUAUUAGUAAUUAAUUAAUGAGCUGCUGUAUUCCUGUCCUUUGACAUUUGUGGUCCUCCAUAUGUAAAUGAAUCAAGAACAUAUCUUUAAAUGUAAGUAAAUGUGUAAACUUCCUUCAACCACCAGACCCUGUUUUUAGGAAUUACUCUGUUAUAUCCAGUCAAAUAAAUGUGAUGCCAUUUUUUUUACCAACCAUAUGAAUUAAAUGUAUGAAUUUCAUGCCAUAAGAAUCAACAUCACCAGGUCAAUCAUUCUUAUCAACUCUGGUAUCCCAACAGAGAAUGGUCUCUUUUAGUCUGCCGCUCCUGUUUUUACUGAUUAAACUGUUUUCUACCA